GAUAACGAAAAAACACCACGGUGGACAACAUUAUCCAAUGCAAAGAACAUUUCUUAAGGCAGGGGAUCCGCCUGUAGAUUCGAAAGAGAAUGUGACAUCAGGCCAGAAUGAAACCAGUCGAUAUUACCAUGACCAGUCUGUACUCGAAGAUAAACACGUCAGAAAUAAGUUAGAUAUACAAUCUCAACUUGAAAGCAAAAGGCAUUCUAGUAAAAAAAAUCUAUCUGCUGAUCGAACUGAUUUUGAUAUGCCAAGGGCCAUUUAUUAUCAUAAUAGCGGAGGACAAAAUGCAGAGUCUUCCUCAGGCAAACGUCAGCCGAUUGUAUCGACAACGAAUUCUGCUCAAUUCCAAAGAGGGAAAGGAAACCUCGUCCGAAGAGGGCUGCAUGUUAGUCCAGACCGAAACGAGUUAGGUGGUAGUUUGCAUAAAACGGCACUUGAUAUACAUGAGAGAAACGACGAACAACCAACAAUGAACAGUUUACAGAACAACAACAAAAGGACACUGAAAGAAUAUGAGUCAACAUCUCCGUUUUCUUUUCAAAAAACGACGAUGAGCUCUGAGGAACUAUCAAAUCGUUCUUCAGAAACCAUAUACAGGCGUAAAUACAGUGGAAAUAAAGAUCAAAAUGAUCAACAUGGUAUGCUUUCGGGAAGCGGUCAAAGUAACAGACGUAACGAGAGAAAAACUGUUGAAAAGUUUAAAUCCUGUUUAGUGCCCGACACUGAUGCACAAUCAUUCUACCAAAGCCACACAGAAAACAAUAUUGAAUACAUCGAUGGAUGUAGACCUAAAAAACAAAGCAUGAUACAUCCAGCCAAGAGUGGAUCUACUCCCAGUAAGGAUACCAAAAUGGGUAAUAAGGAAUCUAAUAUUUAUCAGUCAACGACUAGAGAUGAAAGACAUGAUGAUAAACUAUCAAUCACAGGAACUUCUAACCAUGAACCAGUCGGCUACGGUUUUCCAUUUCUAAAAGCAAUGGAAAACAACGACGCGUCUCACAUUGUUAUGGAACUAACGAAAAAAGAUAUCGCAUUACGAAAAUGUAUUGUAAGAACAAAGUUAGAUCCAGAAUUGCUGUUGCUCUUCCUUAAAGUGUUGAACAAAGCUUUCGAAAGUGUAGAUGUGCCAACCGCGCUUUAUACACUUUUUGAAAUAUUAUGCGAAGAGGGUUUUUGGGAAGCUCUUCUAACAUUCUUGAUCGACCUGCAGUCAAGUUCCGACUCCGAUAAAAAACACCCUGUUGUAACAUGUGUGACGGAAAUUAUGACAAAUCAAGUGGCCAAAAAUCCAAUGUCUAUCACUGUAUUUAGAAGGUUGUUUACAAUUAUAAAAAUGAUCGCUGAUGACCCAGCAAACGCUUCUGGUAUUAGCGAUUUAACAAGGGAAUCAUUGAACGAUUUUGCUGAUCUUAAUAAUGCUUAUAGAAAAGACGAAAAACCAUUUGAACACAGUCAUGAAGGUAAACCACCAGACGACUUUAGAACCAUUCCGGUUCUUCCGAGAAUAGAAGAAAUCAAAGGCUUCAUUCAACCAUUUCUACGAAAGAACAAACUGAGCGGACAAUACGAAGACGUAGAUGAUUAUUUAGAUGUACAAUUUAGACUUCUAAGAGAAGAUUUUAUUGGCCCUUUAAGGGAUGGCAUCACGGAGUACAUAAAGCACAAUGAAAACAAAACUAAACCAAACGUUAGAAAUACUGAUGUUCGUUUAUACCGAAACGUAUUUGUUGUUGGACCAGAACUUACUGAAUUUGGUUUAAGUUUCAAAAUGAAAAUGGAAAUGACACCUGGACUAAGAAAAAUACAUUGGGAGUUAGGAAAACGUUUGAUAUAUGGAUCAUUGGUUUGUCUUUCCGUCGAUGAAUUUGACACGCUUGUUUUGGCUACCGUAGUUGACAAUAAAAAGAUAAAAGACGGGAUAUUUACUGUUUUUAUUGAAGAUGAAAACGUAAAGAUAUCAGAAGUGCUAAACAGAAACUUUAUUGUGGCUGAAUCUACUGUGUAUUUUGAAUCUUACAAACAUGUUUUAUCUGGGCUUCAAUCCAUUAACGAAACGAAUUUCUCAUUUGCAAAACAUAUUGUAUAUAGCCAACCUAAAAGCUCCCCACCUGCUUAUUUAGAUCACCAAACAUCUUUUGAUUUGUGGCCGUUGAUACACGACGACUACACAAUUGUUCACCCUAGCCAUAUUCGAAACGAGAUGCAAAGGUAUCACAAGCGUAUUGUGUCACAAGAAAACAAAAAGUCUGCACGUGUGAAAGUACUUGACAAAUCCUCAUGGCCAGCAAAGGAAAGCCUACAAUUGGACGGCUCGCAGCUGCAAGCCAUACAGAACGCACUAUCAAGAGAAUUUGCAAUUAUUCAAGGCCCACCAGGUACGGGUAAAACUUACAUUGGUCUUAAGUUGGCAAAGAUUUUACUUCACAACAAAGACACAUGGGGCAAUGAUAGAGGAAUGGCCUCACCGAUGUUGAUAGUUUGCUAUACAAACCACGCACUUGAUCAAUUUCUGGAGGGAGUUGCGCAAUUUUAUCGCGGAGACUUGGUGCGCGUUGGUGGCCGUUCGACGAAUGAGCGUUUAAAAAACUAUCAAUUGAAACAAUAUCGGAUGGGCGCUUACAGUCCUCGGAGCGCAAUCGGGAAAAUGAAGCAAUUAAAAGACUCGGCACGUAAGGAUUUUGACGAUUCUAAAACUAAAAUCCGCGAGUUAACCAUUACUAUACAAAUCUGUUUACAAACUAUAAUCAAUGAAGAAACAUUACGUGAUGUAUUGAGCGAUGGGCAAUUCCAAUCAUUGCAAACAAAUACAAUAUCAACGAAUACCGAUGAUUCUGCUCAAUCAACUAUAGCUCAUUGGCUACGAACGGACUUGAUAGAGCAUGAGUGCAGACUGGCAAUUUACGAAGGCCCCAAUGAAGAUGAGGAUUUGGAAAACAGCAUUCAUGUAACAACAGGAAACGAAAGAUCUGCUAGUAUUCUUUUCGAAGAUAUACUACCCGAGUUUGACACAUCUGAGGUUACAAUAUUGUAUCAAGCCAGACGGAAGAUACUCUCAGGUUAUAAUGUCACUAAGGAACACGUGCAUGAAAUACUAAAUCAUAUAACCAAGAUUCGUUUUAAUUUAAAUGAAAUAGAUUUAAAUAUCAAAGAAGUUAAAAGCAAUGAGGAAUUAUCCAAAAAAGAACAGAAAAACAAAAUUAAGGAACUGCGAAGAGCUCAAAAGAGACUGAAGCAAGAAGAAAAUGAGCUUCAGUUUCGCUUAAAAAAAGAACAAUUACUUCGGAAAUCUGUCAAGAACAAGAUACCAAAUCUAAUUUUAAGUCAUGAUUUAAUGACACACCAAGAAGUAUGUGAUAUUGACGACAUUUGGAAGCUCAACCUUAAAGACAGAUGGAGACUUUAUCGAAGCUGGGUGCAAACAUAUUGUUUGUAUUUAUACCAUAAGAUUGAACAAGAAAAGGAAGGUUUUAAGAUCACAGCUAAACGAUACAAAGAGGCACAAAUGCUCGAAGAUCGAGAAAUAUUGCGACAUUCAUCCGUUAUCGGAAUGACAACUACAUGCGCUGCUCGAUACCUCAGCACUCUACGGGACAUAAAACCUCCGAUUGUGAUUGUUGAGGAGGCGGCUGAAGUAUUGGAAGCUCAUAUCAUCACGACGCUCAGUGAUGGAUGCAAGCACCUUAUUUUGAUAGGUGAUCACAAACAGUUGCGACCAAAUCCAUCGGUUUACAAACUGGCUAUCAGAUACAAUCUGAACAUAAGCCUUUUCGAACGCAUGGUCAAUAACGGAGUGCCACGCGAUUGCUUAGAGCUUCAGCACAGGAUGAGACCAGACAUAGCGGACAUCAUGCGGCAUAUUUACCCAGGUCUGCAAGAUCACAACCAUGUGCGAUUCUACGGCGAUGUUAAAGGCUUAGCAAAGAAUGUCAUGUUCAUCAAUCAUAACGAACCAGAAAUUUCAAAUGGCGAGUUCAAAAGUUAUGCUAAUCCAUUUGAAGCCGAUUAUGUUGCUAAACUGGCAAAACAUCUUUUGCUACAAGACUACAAUGGGUCUCAAAUAACCGUUCUCACCACAUACACAGGUCAGUUACUUGAAUUACAAAGACGAAUGAACCGCGACGAAUAUGCAGAUGUAUAUGUUACCGUAGUAGAUAAUUAUCAAGGAGAAGAAAAUGAUAUUGUUAUAUUGUCACUUGUUAGAAGCAACCAUGAAAAUCGAAUAGGGUUUUUGAAAACUGAAAAUAGAAUUUGUGUUGCUCUUUCACGAGCAAGAAUGGGAUUCUUCGUAGUUGGUAAUUUUGACCAAUUAUCAUCUGUGUCGUCUUUGUGGAAAGCUAUUACAGACGACAUGAUGAAACGGGGUUCUAUCUCAAGUGGAUUACAACUCCGCUGCGCUAAUCAUCCAAACGACCCACCGAAAAUUGCAAAAACGGCCAUGGACUUCCAUGAUGCUCCACUAGGCGGGUGUACGAAAAUGUGUGAAGCAAGACUGAAUUGUGGCCAUACUUGUCCACUGAAGUGUCAUAUAAAAGAUCCCUCUCAUAAAUUGUUGAAGUGUCAAAAACCAUGUUACCGACUUUGUGAACGGAGCCAUCAGUGCACAGGAAAAUGUUAUCAAGAUCCUUGCCCACCAUGUGCAGUAAUUGUUACGAUGACCAUUCCACAAUGCAAGCACUUGCAAGAUAUCGAAUGUCACUUGGAUCCUUCUAAAGUUAUUUGCAACACCAAACCUUGUCCUACAAUUCUCGAUUGCGGACAUCCAUGUACCCAUGCAUGCGGUUAUUCGCAUACUGAAAACUGUGAAUAUGAAAUUGAAAAGAAAUUUUUCUGUGGACAUACAUGUAAAAUUCGUUGUUUCCAGAAAAAUUUAGAACAAUGUCCACAGCCUUGCGGCAGUAUACUACAAUGUGGCCAUGAAUGUGUUGGUACGUGUGGUUCUUGCUUAAAAGGAAGAUAUCACGACAGAUGCAGACAGAAAUGCAGUCGUAUUUUAAUAUGUGGUCAUCAAUGCGAAUCACCGUGUGCGCAUUGUUUGCCAUGUGAUCAGAAAUGUCAAAACAAAUGCGUACAUAAUACAUGCAAUAAACUGUGUGGCAUCCCAUGCACGCCUUGUAAGGAACCAUGUACAUGGUCUUGUAAACAUGAUCAAUGCUCCAAACUUUGCAGUGAACCAUGUAAUCGGCCACCAUGCAACAAACCUUGCGAAAGAAUAUUAAACUGCAACCACAUAUGCAUUGGUUUGUGUGGUGAGCCGUGUCCACACCUUUGCCGAAUUUGUGAUAAAGAAAAAGUUACUGAGAUUUUCUUUGGCUAUGAAGACCUCCAAAACGCACGAUUCGUAAAACUGGACGACUGUGGGCAUGUACUUGAAUCCACAGGUCUUGAUUACUACAUGAAUAUGAAAGAUGAAACCGGAGAGCUUUGUUUUAAAUGCUGUCCAAAAUGCAAAACGCCUAUUCGCAAAUGUGUGAGAUAUGGAAAUAUUGUGAACAAGCAGCUUCGAGAUAUUGAACAAGUCAAGAUAGCAACUCUCGGUGGAUCAUUCGGAAAAUUGAAAACAAUGUUGGACGCGGAAACGAAGUUUUUGUUGAAACAAAAAAAUCCAAUAUCUAAGUCAAGCUACGCAUCAAUAUCAGCUACGGAGCUCGCUUUAAAAAGUUGUAAUGCUGCGAUCAGAAAUGCUUACUUCAAAAUUCAAAAGCGGAUAACGUCCCUAAAAGAAAACAAAAGUUGUGUUAUUUUAUCUGAUCAAGUUAUUCAAACAAUAAACGUUCAACUUCAAGUAAUACAUAAGUUCGAAACUUUGUUUGUGAUGACAGUGAACACACAAAGAAUGUCGUUUUUUGACGACAUUGUUAAAAAAGUUGCAGAAGCUCGUUUUGUAUUUUCUGAGCAAGAACUAAUGGAUAUAAACACCGAAUUAAACCGAGCCCAAUUGUACUUCAAGUGUUAUAAACUGGAGAAACAUUUGAAACGAGUUGGUAAACAUUCCAGAGUAGUAAAUGACAUUAAAUUUGUGAGGAACAAAUUGUUUUCGUUUCAUGUAUUAACUGCAGAUGAAUUUGUUCAAGUGCGUGCCUGCUUGGAUCGCAUGAAGGACAUGACUAUGAUUCCAGGGCUUAAGAUAACUGAAGAAGAGCGGAUUUCAAUAACACAGGCAAUGAAACUAAACAAGGGUCAUUGGUUCAAGUGCCCGAAUGGGCACGUUUACGCCAUCGAUGAUUGCGGAGGGGCAAACCAAAGGUCAAAAUGUCCAGAAUGCAAGGCGGACAUUGGUGGGGAGAAUCAUCGACUAGCGGAAGGGAACCAGUUGGCGUCGGAAAUGGACGGAGCAACGUUUGCAGCGUAUUCAGAAGAGGCGAAUAACCUUGGGAACUUUAACCUCGAUGAUCUUCAUUAAACUUGUAUGAAACAUGUUUUUAAAUGCAGUGCUUUGUACCAAAUAGACAAAAGAUUGCAGUUGGUAGGACUAUAUUCCUUAAAGUUUCUGUAAAGCAUUUAAACCAUUACGAAAUGGUUGAAAUUACAGGGCUCGACGUGCCCUUCGUAUUUAUUGUUUUAUAAUACACAUGCUUAUUCAUCCGAAUUAUAACCGUUAAAAUAUUCAUAUAUUUUGCGAUAAAUAACCCGACUGAAAUCAGCAAUCUCUUUGAAAAGACGAAUUUAAAUUUGUUUAACUGUGUUCGCAUAAUUACCGUUUUGUUUAACUAUUUAAAGAUAGUUGGUCUUUUAAUGUUGUUACAUUUCAAAUUUCAAAGAGUUUCAUACACGUUUUUAAGAAGCCAUUGACAUUUCGCAGCGAUGUUUUGCGUCACGACCCACUUGAGGCAGCAACUGUGUAGGGGUGUGUGAGUGACGUUACUAAAAAUCGUCCUCCCUAUUAUUAAAUAUAAUUAUUUCAUGCUUGUCUCAAUUAAACUGGGUCUAAAAUAGAAGAAUAUCUUAGGCUGAUCUUUGAAAUUGUAACACUGACAAAGACAUACAACUUUAAGAAUUAAUACACAUGUAUAUAAUUGUUAUAUAAAUGCAAAUUCCAUGUAUAUCAACGCUUUGUAUGUUGAGCAUUUAGAAUCAAUUUUGCACCAGCGUAUUUAUUUCAAAAGAAAUAUUGUUUAGGAAUACAAUGUUCUACAUGUUCUACAAUACAUGGGCAUAUAGGCUGUACAUGUAAUGCAUUUUGUCACACAUAUUGAAAGAACAAGUCAACAAAUUAGUAUCACGGUAAUGGUUCUAUUUUGCAGAAAUAUUUAAUUGACCAUAUAUAUUUUUUUAUGGAUGUCUAUCGUUUAACUUUUGCAAACGUAUGUAUAUUUUUAAAGCGUAUCUAAAGUAUUUGUAUUUUAAAACGCACGGUUUAAUGCUGCGUAGUUCUGUAUAAAUUUCAUUAGCAAUUAAAAAGUAGAAGUAUUUUUAAUUAAAAGCUUAAUUGUUAUACUGAUAUUUGCGAAUCAUUUACUUGAGCCAUGAUGUAUGUCUAAACGUUACCGUUUUAGCUCGACUAUAUAAGAAAAGGCAAGUUAUUAUUCUCUUCCCAUCGUCAGCGUCGGCGUCCGAGCUAUGUUAGUAAGUUAUUCAGGAUUGAGUUGAGAAAGUUCAAUCAAACUUUAAAUAUAAAUUCCAUAUAUUAAAAUGAAGCAGAAAGCUAAGUUUGGUAACUCUAGUUCAAACUUUGUCAAUAUUAGGGACGAAUUUACAUCUGCACUGUAUACGCAGAUUACAGAAAAGCUAAAGAUGUCGGUAAGCUAGUUGAUCAGGAAUAAGUUGAAUAAUUUUAUUCAAACUUAAAAUAUGUAUUUCGAAUAUUAAAAAGACCAUAACGACUAAUUAACUCUGUUGUUCAAAAAGUCAACAUUAGGCGACAGGUAAAAAUUGGAAAUUAAUUUGUUCAUCAUUGGCAAGUAAAAGUGUUUCGGUAAGCUAGUUUUUCUGGCUUGAAGGAGUUCGAUCUAAAUUAAAACGUAGACUUUAGCUUCCAGAGGUCCCGGGUUCAAAUCCAUGGGAUGGUAUUUUGUAUUGCACUUCUUCAUUACCAUUGUGAUUACUUACUUUUAUAACAACUAAAGAUGUGUUAGUAAAUAUAUUAAAUCACAUUGUUCAAAAAUACGAAAAUCUGUUCCUUUUAAGCCCCUUUAAUACAAUAACAUAUUAUCGAAACUAAAUUUUAGAUUUCGGAUACAGAGUAUAUUUAUAAUGAUAUGAACGCUCUAUGUUAAUUCAACUAAGCCUUUCCUUGUCUAUCUUUGAACAUAUUUUGCUUCCCGCUAAAAUGGAAAGAUGAAACUCUGAAUCGGUUUUAAAAAUGCCGGAGUAUGUAAAGAAAAUGGCAUAAAAGUAGGAGCAUCAAUCGUUCUUAUGUUUUUAUAACUACAAUGUCAUUAACUUUAGGCCUUUACUACAAUUUAUUACGAAUAUGACGUCUGUGUGUGUUUUCCAAUUUAUUGUAUAAAAGUCUUUGAUAUAAAUCAGGAAUACAACCCAAUAAACACAAACGUUUGAAAAUAAAACUUAUACUUAUUGUUUGAUAGGUUUAUUGAUUGGCACGCACUUGCGAUCCAUAUGCAUAUGCUAUAAAACGUCAUCCGCAAAGAAAACAAAUCGUCUACUGUUUAAAUUAGCAUGGCAUUUGCUUUGUUUAUCAUGCGUUAAAUCAAUACAAUAAUUGCAUUGUACUGUGUAUUGUUCAAGUAUUAAUAACAUUUAAACACGUUUUUGAACACUACUUACUGCAUCUUAUGUGUAAUUAAAAUACUUUUUUUGUAUUUUUGUUUGUUCUUAAACAGUAUGUUUUACCAUUUUAUCAUAUUAAAAUGAUUUAACUUAGUAUUUUCUUUUGUAAUGCAAAUUAAUGCAUUGAUGUUUUGUUAUGCGAUGUGACAUGCUAUAAUGUGACGUGAUGUAAUGUUAUGUAAGAAAGUAUGACAGAAAUUCGUAUAUCUGUGUAGUUUUACAUUCAUUGAUAUUAUUGUCCGUAGUAUAUUAUUUAAUAAUCAAUAACGGGAAACAUGCUGUCCGGAUUAUUAACAAGCUGUUUUUUUAUUAAUUCCCAAUGACGAUAUACAAAAGGGAUUUUUUUUGCUCUUAGUUUAUGGUCGAAUUUUAUUUCCCUAGUUGUUGCAGAAAACAAACUUAUUACGAACGACACAUUUGGGCAUAAGAAAGAAACAUGUCGGGGAAAUAUGGAAACUUGUUUCUAUUUAAAAAAGAUAUGAUAUGUACUAGCUCAAUAAAAUCAAUACUAUAUAUAAGUAAAUGUUUAUUUUGUUAUUUGUCAACAUAAAUAUCAGCGAAUAACAUGAAAACGAGUGCAUAAAUACAGCAUGUUUUUCGUAAAACACGCGUGUAUAUGUAAGUGUUUUAGAUGGUCUUUUGCAAAUGCCGAUUCUUUAUAUUGCAUUUCACGGGUAUAAAGAAAGAGGCCUUUUUAAUGAUAUUGGCACGUCCGUAGCUAAUUGUGUAAAAUUCCUUUAAACACUUUGGCGUUUUUAUUUGUGGCGUUUCCAUGAUUAAUAAAAUGUAUGUAUUUUUUUAACUCUAUAUGUCAGCGUGUGUUUAUAUUUGUAUGUGUAGGUAUUUUAAAUUAUGAUAUGUCCAAACGUGUUUACAUCACUUUCUUCAAUUAUAUUAAAUGGUAGCAUAUCAAUAAAAUGGUUUAACGACAUUAUUUCAACCUGUUUGGUCUCUUUUUAGUUGUAGAUAUUUUAUUGAUGGAGUCACUACAUUUUGAUUAAACAAAAUAUUCAUUGUUACAUUUUCCUUUGUAUUAAUUAUAAUGUUUUGAACAGGAAAUUGAAGACUAUGUAAAUUACAUUUUAUAACAUAACAUACGGACAUUUACACUUCUCUUUGUGUACCUAAAUACAAAUUCAGUUUUUUAUACCCGAUGUCUCAUGUUGAAAAUAAAGCA